AUGUCAAGCAGUGAUAAUGAAUUUGAAAAAGGUAAUGCUGAACACUCUGGAGUAUAUCCAUGCCAAUGCUCUGCUUUAAGAAAAGGUGGUUAUGUUGUUAUUAAGGGAAGACCAUGCAAAGUUUUUGAAAUGUCAACUUCAAAGACUGGAAAACAUGGACAUGCUAAAGUUACAUUUGCUGGUUAUGAUAUUUUCACUGGAAAGAGACUUGAUGAUUCUUGCCCAUCAACUCAUAAUGUUGAAGUCCCAGAAGUAAAGAGAACUGAAUACUCUCUUGUUGGUAUUAAUGAUGGAUAUGCAUCACUUCUUCUUGAGAGUGGUGAAACUAGAGAUGAUCUUAAACUCCCAGAAGGUGAAAUGGGACAAAAGAUUCAAGCUGAUUAUGAUGAUGGAAAAGAACUCAUUGUUGCUAUUCAAACUGCUAUGGGUAUUGAAGCCAUUAUCGAUUAUAAGGAAGCUAAAGACUAA